AUGAUUUCAUCACCAAUACAACCUCCUCUGGAGCCACAUACUUUCCGCGAGCUUCAUAACUGCUCAUCACUAUCGCCGUUAAACCUAUUGCUGUUCAACAUCCCUCAAUCUCAGCAAUACACCCUCCGUCAAUUCCUUCAUCUCCCAACUUUCAUCGUUUCACUACCCCCAGCUAACAAUCAGCUUCAUCCUUCGCAUAACUUCCGCAAGCAUUUCUGUUCAACUGCUUCCGCCGUUUUCCGCCUGCUCAUCACUAACCUCCGCGAGCCAACAUCGCCUCCAACCACUUGUUUCCGCGACAACAGACUGCUCAAUCUCAGGUUACGCGUACACACGGCAACUGCAAUUUCGAGGCAACACGAAUCAACAGAUCCUCACGUCUUUGGUUCAGUCUGCGCUCCCUCGACACAUUUCGGGUUGUCAAUUCAAAUUGAUGAUAACAUUGUUGCUGGGUUUAUUGUUGGAAGCUUGAUGAUGGAUCGUGUUGCUGAUUUGCGUGGUUAUGUGACUGUUUUGUGUUAA